UCCGCCUGUGAGGGAGCGCCGGGGUAGAUCCCAGUUCCCUGGCUAUGGUGGGGGGGGGGGAGCUCGGCUCUUUUCCUCCGCCUUCUCCCACCCCUGCCUCGGUUCACGCGCCGCCGCUGUUUCCCUCACGGGCUUCCUUCCCCUCUUCCGCCAUCCGGUGGCGUGGCCGGGGGGCGCCAGGUGCGCAGCCUCCCCUCGCCCCAGCCGUUUUCCCGAGGAGAAUAUUCGCCGCCGACAACGCUUCAUAACAUCUCCACACGUUCAAAUUCGAGGCGGGGUGUGUGUGUGUGUGGCUUGUGUGAAGGUGAACUGCGGCGGCCCCUCAUUUCCUUCGUCCCCCGAAGGAGCCCCGAGGCGGUAUAAUGGGCCGCGCCGCUCCUGGUGAGGGAUGCUGCCGUCGCUAUUGUCGUUGUGCUUUUGCUGUUUUGCUGGAUUUAAAUCCCCAUUCUUUCUACUAGAGCCGUUGGAGUGGCGUGCGAUGUGUAUAAAACACAGUGGCUGCACCAAGGACUGCCUACUGGAAAGCUAAACCAACAGCCCCGCUGGAGAGCAAGAGUUCCUUUCCAAGGGCAGCUGGAGAGGGCUGCCCUCAGAUACCUUAUUUGCUUAUUUCAUUUUCCUGUUUCUCCACCAUAUUCCUUUUUCGAAUUAUUCCUACAUACGUGUUUGUAAACUGCUGCAAGUGGGAAAUUGCACAAUAGGUUCUGGGCCAAACUCACCCACAGUGCAUGUUUUCUCCUUACAAUGAGGAAGAAGUACAUUGAAAGCUGAAGAAGAUGAAACAGCUAAAAAGGAAAAGGAAAAGCAAUUUUAGUGUUCAGGAAACUCAAACACUACUUAAAGAAAUCCGAAAAAGGAGAGAAGUGCUUUUUUCUAAACAAUUAAAUACAACCAUUAAUGAGAUGAAGCGGAAGGCUUGGGAGGAAAUAGCAGAAUGUGUUAAUGCUGUUGGUGAAGGAGAGCAAAGGACGGGGACAGAAGUCAAAAGGCGAUACCUCGAUUGGAGGGCCCUUAUGAAACGGAAGCGACUUAAUACCAACAUAAAGCUUGUGGGUGCUGGCUUUCACCUUCCAUCAUCUGAUUUGGAUGAUUCUCUCAACGAAGAUAUUGAUGAGAAAAUUGGAUUUCCAACUGAAGCUGGUUUUGAAUGGCAGAAUAUUACAGACUUCAGAGAAGCAGGUGGAUCAUUAACAGAAAUAAAAGUGGAAGAAGAGGAGGAGGAUCCACAGAGUUUUGAAGUAAGUAGUUCCAGCAUGUUUCCUAUUGAGGAAGAAGAGGAGAUUCUGUCCUCAGUGUUGCCAGAUUCUAAAAAGGAAAGUGACCUUCCUGAUUUCACUCACAUUGAAGAGUUUGGCAAUCUAAGCUCUGCUCAAGCUAGGCUGGCCUAUGAAGAUUCUCAUCUGCUGAUUAGCCUGGAAAAACAGAAGCUGGAGUUAGAGAAACAGCGACUGGAUAUUGAAGCAGAACGGCUGCAAGUGGAGAAGGAGCGCCUGCAGAUCGAAAAAGAGCGGUUACGACACAUUGACCUGGAGCAUGAGAGGCUUCAACUGGAAAAGGAGAGAUUACAAAUAGAGCGAGAGAAACUGAGGCUUGAGGCUUUGCAUGCUGAGAAACCUGUGCUGGAAAAUGACCCCAGCCAGUCAGAAAAACCUGCCUUGCAACCUCUGGAUCUAGAAACUGAAAAACUAAAAAUUGAAAAGGAGCGCUUACAGCUCGAGAAGGAGAGGCUGCAGUUCUUGAAGUUUGAAUCAGAGAAAUUGCAAAUCGAAAAAGAACGUUUGCAAGUGGAGAAGGAGCGCCUUCGAAUUCAGAGGGAAGGGCACCUGCAAUGAACUUGGAAAAACCAUGAUUAACAAUGCUGUGCUUUGUUUGUUCUUCCUCCUUUUUUCUUUUUGAAAGGGUAGCUUGGUUUCAGUAAAAGUGUUGGAUAGUCUGGUUGUCAAAGCAUUUCACCAUCCAAGAGAAUCCUGCUUUCCAUUGCUUUGAUACUGUGAUGCUUACAUCUUGACAGUACCUUUUUUCCGUUGCCAGAGUUGAACAUUAAUGUGUUCAAGUUUAAAAGAAGCUAAGGAAUGGUGCUCAGUAAGUCAGUGUGCCUGUGUAAAUGGAGCUUAUGUGUGAAAUUGCAUUUCAGUGUAAGAGAAGUGUUAAAUGUCCUCUUGCAUUCUCUGUUGUAUAGAUUUGCCUCCACAUUAAGCAUCAAGGCUUAGCUGUAUCCUGUUCUUCUUAAGAGUGUUAUUCUAAAUCCAUAGGAGCUUUCAACACACAUUUGCAUUUGAUCUAAAGGAAUGAGAUUAAAGGUAGGCCUUAUGCUUUACAUAGUGUUAACCAUGAAAGUAAUGCCUUUAAAAUGAGGUGUGUUCUUCUCUAGAGAAAUGUUGAAAGGUCAGACAUUGAGGUUCUCAGUAGUUUUCCUACUCAACUAUGUUUGUUAGUAGAAAAAAGAUUAAAUGAUGCUUCAUGUAUGAAAACACAGAUUUCACCAUUUAUUUCCAAGCCAGACCUUAGAACCUCUGGCUUCUAUAGAUAGCUUUGGUGGCCCACUUUGACAUUGAAGUGUUUGAGCAGAAAUAUAUCUUGUGGGAUUUACAUAGAUUAUUUGUACAUGUCAGUUUAUUUAUAUCACUAUGUAAUUACUUUUAUUUUGCAAAUAAAGUGUUAUUUUUUCUUA